UCUUCUAGAAGGUUGUUCCAGCAAUUUCUGGUCGAUGGUUACACAAUGUUGGAGUCUGAGAAACUUGAAUGGUUACGUAAAAAUCAACCAAAACUUCGGGUUUCCAAGUACAAUGCUUUAAAUGAAGAGGGAGACCAGAAUCAAGCGCAAGGGAACAGCAUAGGUAAACGAGUCGUUUUGCCUUCCUCAUUUGUCGGAGGUCGUAGGUUUAUGGAUCAAUUGUACUAUGAUGGAAUGGCUAUAUGCAGUAAAGUUGGAUUUCCGGAUUUGUUUAUUACCUUUACUUGUAACCCAAAUUGGCCUGAGAUUCAGAGAGUACUUGGACCUCUUCAUUUGAAGCCUCAAGAUCGACCAGAUAUCAUCUCGAGAGUAUUCAAAAUCAAGUUUGAUCAAUUGCUUACAGAUUUAACCAAAAAAGGUGUUCUUGGAAAAGUACUCGCCUAUAUGUACACCAUUGAGUUUCAAAAGAGAGGAUUGCCUCAUGCCCAUAUAUUGAUCUUCUUGCAUCCUUCGAACAAAUAUCCAGGUCCAGAAGACAUUGACAAGAUCAUCAGUGCUGAAGUGCCCGAUCCCGAAACACACCCUCGGUUGUACAGUUUGGUCAAAGCUCACAUGGUUCAUGGUCCUUGUGGUUUGAAGUUUCAACCUACGACUAUCGUGGACCAAGAAGGGUAUCCUGUUUAUAGGAGAAGAGACAACAAACACACUAUUGAAAAAAAUGGAUUAAUCUUUCACAGUGGUCAUGUUGUUCCUCACAAUCCAAGUUUGUUGUUGAAGUACGAAGCCCACAUUAACAUGGAAUGGUGCAACCAAAGUACUUCUAUCAAAUACCUUUUCAAAUAUAUAAACAAAGGUUCCGAUAGAAUUUCCGCAAUCAUACAAGCAUGUUGGAGGAUAUUUUCCUAUUCUAUACAUGGCAGAAAGCCAGCCGUAGAAAGACUGUAUUUUCACAUGGAAGGUGAAAACUCUGUGUACUACAAAGACUACGAGCAGGUUGGUGACGUGUUACUCAAACCAAGUGUAACAGAGUCGAUGUUUACAGCAUGGUUUGAAGCAAACAAAACUUAUGAAGAAGCAAGAUUACUAACUUAUGGAGACUUUGUUUCUAAAUUUGUCUAUCAUAAACGAAGUCGGAGUUGGAAACCAAGGAAACGAGGGUAUACCAUUGGUCGACUCAUUUGGGUUCCUCAGAGCACCGGUGAGUUGUUUUAUUUAAGGAUGAUGCUCACUAUCAAAAAGGGUCCUUUAUGCUAUCAGGACAUUAAGACGGUGGACGGUAAAAAGCUAAAAACAUUUAGAGAUGCAUGCUUUGCGAUGGGAUUUUUACAAGAUGAUCGUGAAUUUGUCGAGGCAAUCAAAGAGGCGCAUCAGUGGGGUUCAGGUCAUUUUUUACGCAAGUUGUAUGUUACCAUGUUACUAUCUUCGUCGAUGAAUAGACCCGAACAUGUUUGGAGAAAGACUUGGAUGUAUUUAUCGGAUGGCAUUCUUUAUGAUCAACGAGUCUUCACAAGAGAUCCAGGUAUUUAA